GGUAGUUGCGUUCGUUGGAGUUGAUCCGAACAACGCGCGACUUCUCGAGCAGGUACCAAUCAAUGUAGGCACCGGCGAUAGACCCGUGGCGGCCGAACUCGAUCCUGAUAAAUUUGCCGAACCUCGAUGAAUUGUUGUUCCGGACAGUUUGGGCGUUGCCAAAGGCCUCGAGGAUCGGGUUUGCUCGCAAGAUUUGGGCCGAUAAGUUCGCGUGUUGCUGUUGCCCUCUGUUCUUGACGGGCGAUUCCGAAUGGGCAACCGCUGCGAGAUACUGGAUAACCUUUUUUGUAUUCUCUGUCUUUCCGGCUCCAGACUCGCCCGUGACCAAGAUGCUCUGGUUCUCGUUCUCGUCGACGAGGUUCCGAAACGCUUCGUCGGCAACGGCAAAAAUGUGAGGUUUGGUGUCUUCCCUGCUCCUGCCCUUGUACAUGUUGAUGUACUCGUUCGUGUAGAUAGGAAGGGGGCAGUAGGGGUUGACUGUCACGAGAAACAGUCCAGAGUAGGUGUAUAUGAGGUCGGUCAUGUAUCUUGUGUGCAGGUUGUGGACAACAGAGGCCUCGUUCAAGUGCGUCAGCUCUGCCAUGUCGUUCGCUUUGUCGAACUUGGCCGGGUUGACUUUAUCGACGCUCUCGCCGUCGACCUCUCGUUGGCUUCCAUCGUCGCAUUGGACCAAAAUCCGGUUUCCUCCAAGUUCCUCCACAACCCAACCCUUGACAAAAGCUGUUUGGGGGUCCUUAAGCCACACGUAUUUUUUGCCAGAGAAGUCAUUCUCGCCCUCGAUUCCCCUAACUGUGUCGGCGCGCUUCAGAACGUCCUCCGUCUUGAUGAACGAGGGCGCAAAUGUGUUGGAGCUCGGGGAGGCCCCUCUCGAGCCUUCGCGCGUUGGCGCAGCGCGUAUAGGCGCGGCUGGUGCAAGUGCUGCGGCGAUCGACGUGUGCGACUGCGUUCGGGAGUGCGAGGGCAGGACCGGGAUUGAGGAUAGAGGAGACGUCGAGGACGAAAACAAGGCCGACUUGGGCCUCCCAACGGCGCCCGAAGUGGGCGAGGUCGAGGCAUUCCUCGCAAAGGGAUUGUUGCGGACCGACAUGGCGCGCUGGCAACGGACAGCUUAGCGAUGAAAGGAAUUCAUGGAAUAAUUGCUGGUUGAGUUAGCAAUUCUGGGUCCUGCUCUGACUGUCGUACAGUCAUGCAAGUUGUGCAAACAUUAAAGUCGAGGCCGAGCGACGACACGGUGGGCGGGCGACGCGGGCGCAGACGCGGACGCAAACUGCAGGCGCGAGAGCAGAACAGCAGAAAAGCCAAGGCAAUGGAAGUGACGAAAUAGAAGGUGGACAGGCGAAAGCAAGCAACCCCGUCCAAACUCGUUGCUUCAGGGAAGAUCCAAGGGUGGUGGCAGGGCAGAGUCGUUGGUGUUGGCCGGUUUAAAG